GCUAUUUCAGCUACUAUACCUCCAGGAUCUUAUUCAGGAUGAGAUCCAUAGGAGCCCAAAAUCUGAGGGAUUCAGGAACAAGGCAUGUGUCUAUGCUGUCCUAAGGAGAAGUCCUCUAAUUCCUUUGUGUCCUUAUAUAUUUCCAAAGAGGAAAUUUCUGAAACUUCAAUGGAGCAUGCAGUGUCUUUUCUUCUCCUGGGACUUUUGACAGGUCUCAUUGUUUAUCCAGAACCUGCCUGGAGAGGUUCUUCAGCUGCUUCUGUGUCCCCAAAUUGGCCCCCUCGUACUGCUCAAGACUUGGUGUUACUAUUGCAGGGAACAGACCCUUUGUGCCCAGAGAGUGUGCAGACAACCUCAGCGGCACUUAAAAGGUCAAGACAACUCCUUGGCUUGGUGCCUCAGCUCAUCGCAAGUGCAAGUCCCACAGAUUGGCUUUAUAGGGCAUUAAACAUACUCUUAAAUGCAAGCAACACCCAAGGGGAUCUGAAGCAUCUCUUGUUAUGGGGUAUGUCUCAGAACCUGAGUUGGGGUUUUGCCAAUUUGCCUCUGUUCACACCACCUUCUGUUCAGUCACAGUUUCCUGACCUGUCCAUGAAAUGUAGCCUCCCAACCUUUUCAAAAAUCUGCUCUGAUCGCUUGUUCCCCGCACUGAAGAACAUAUGCAACUCUAUGUAUCAUUCCUUCAGCAUGAGCCUGCAGUCCAUGUGUUUGGUGGUCACAGCGACACCUCAGUCAUCUCAAACGGAAACUCAGUUCUGUACAAUGUUCUUCUCGUCACUAUCGGAUCUUCUUACUAACCCAUGCAAUACCAGGAUGGUUAGGACUUGGAGAUCUGCCACUAUCAACUGUGCUUAUACAACAUGGUAUAAUUCAAGCACUGUGUCAUCUUCUGAUGUGUCUACAUGUAGCGAAAGUGACAAAGAACAGUUCAUAAGCUCAGUCUGUGGGGAUCAGAAGCUCCUAAAUCAGCUUGCCAGCCAGUCCGCUAAUAACUGGUUGGUGGGAUAUUGUGCAUACAAUACCAUUCCAGAGAAUAUAUGUCACUAUGCUUCAUGGGAAGGCAAUGCUGUCUCUACAUUUUCAGUAGCAUAUUGCUGGUUAUAUGAUCAAGAUCAGUUUAUGUCAUUUCUGUGCACAAACCCAAAUGUAUUGGAUCAACUGAAAGAAAAUGUGGACAAUCAAUGGCUUGAGCCAACCUGUCCGACUCUCUCUCCAACAACUAUUGCUACUACUGAUCUUUUACAGGAACUCUGCAACUAUGAGCAAUGGCCCCUACAGACAGUAGACCCUACUACUGUAGUCUUUUGUGAAGAAACAGAUGGGGAUGGUUUUACACAGAAUGUUUGUAAAUCUUUUGAAAUUCUUCAAAAAUUGCUUAUUGACGAUUCCAAUUUGUGGGUUGCCGUUCUGUGUCAGCAUGUUAUGCCUUUAGAAAAUGAAUGUAACUAUACAUUGUGGCAGAAGACUGACAGUGGGACCCAAUUACUUGUGGAUCCUUCUAUUGUAUCUUAUUGUAGCCAAGUAGAGCAGAGCCACUUUGUAUCAUAUGUGUGUACCAAUCCUAGUUUGUUGCUUACUCUGUCCAAAGAAACAAAUAAUAGUUGGGUGCUGCCGUUUUGUGUUAACAACGUAUGUAAUUAUACGACAUUGUUCUCUAGUAGUCCCAAAUCUUCAACUGUAGACCUAUGCUGGCUCAUUGAUCAAGAACAACUCAAUUCGUACCUUUGCAGUCACCAAAAUGUUCUCCAAAACAUUGAACUGAAUGGUACCUUAGAUAUCUCCUGUGCUGGGAAUAGCACCAAUCAAACAGUCUGUAGUUACAACCAAUGGAAUCUGACUGUGCUGAAUCCAUCAAUUCUGGGUUACUGUGCAGUACAAGAUACAUCCCGCUUUCACACAUAUAUUUGUGGGAACUCCUUUAGUGUAACAUUACAUAUUAAUAACCCAGAAACAAGUUGGGUAUCAAUAUACUGCAAUACACAGAUUCCCGGUAACUUAUCCAACUGCACAGAUUCUCUUCUAAACUUCCAUCUACAGUCCUGUCCAAGCUGCAACAGAACUGAACUAGAAACAAUGUUCCAUAUAGUUUGCAAUAACCAGAAUCUAGUUCAAGUUCUGUCUCUUUUCUGGAAUUCUUCAGCGCUUAUGAGCAAGUUUAUUGUGUGGAAUCUGUGUUAUAAUUCCUCCUGGGAAGACGCACCAUCCUUUUUAGUGUCGUAUUGUUGGAAAUUUGGCAAUACAACUGUCUCCGAUUUUUUAUGCAAUAAUUUUCAGUUGUACAAUGAGUUGUUACAAGAAACCAAUAUACAAGAAACUCCCAUCUGUGAUCCAAAUAAGACAUGUCAGUAUUCAACAUGGGAUUUUAGAACUCUUCAGAUUUCUUUGAUGAGAUAUUGUGCUCACUGGGAUGCCCCAGCCUUCAAGCAGUAUAUCUGCAGGAAUAGUACGAUCAUGAAACUCUUAAGCGAAAACACAAUCCAAACCUGGGAUAAGUUACUCUGUUUUGGUUCCAUCUCCCCAUUUAAUACAUCAGAUCUCUGCAAUUAUGAGAAGUGGCUUCCUGAUACAGAAAGAUGGAAGACACCAAUAAGCUUCUCUACUGUGUAUUUAUGCAGCAAGAAUGAUACAGUGAACUUCAUGAUGAACGUAUGCAAUGAUCCCAGGAUCCUGAGUGCCAUCAGUGAAGGUCCAGCCCUUACAUGGACACUGAAUUUGUGUUACAAGUUAUCUACUUCAAAUGUGUUAACACAAAUGCUAAUAUGGGAUGUUUGUGACUACUCCCAAACCAAGACCUUCACCACAUUAAUGGUGGAAUUCUGCUGGUUGUAUGAUCAAGACAACUUCUUUAGUUACCUUUGUUCUAAUUUAACCUGUUACACAAUAAUUACGUCACAACUGCAAAACUUCUGGUUUAAGCCCAACUGUACACCUCUUGUUCCUACAUCAGAUAAUGGACUUCUGAGUUACUCCAUUGUUCAAUGUCACAACAAAUAUUCGAAUCCAACCAAUAUGGACAUUUCUUUGAUAAAAUAUUGUGCGGAGUAUGAUUGUGCUAUGUUUCUAAAUGCAUUCUCUAAUGCAACAACAUUACAGCAGGAAAGUUGUAACUGUUCAUUGGGUGAUGAAUUAUGUUCUUAUUCCAGUUGGCAUAGCACCUAUGUUCAUCCAGUUGUAGUGAAGGCUUGUUGGGCAACUGAUCAAUUGAACUUUAUCAUAGGUGUGUGCUCAGAUCCAUUGCUUCUUUCUCAAUUGUUGCUAUACUCUGCCAACUCAUGGCUCAGACCUGUAUGCGGAACCCAAGGUAAUAACCAGCUUGAGAGCUUAGUUGUAUCAGUGUGUAGGUACGAGGAGUGGGGGAAUGUAUCCUCUGUUCCUGGCUCAAUAGUAGCAUUCUGCAAUGCUUACAGCAAUGAGACUUUCAUGCACAGAUUAUGUGACAGCCAACAGGAGGCAAUAUGCAAUGAUACCAUUGAACGAUGGUGGGAUGAAAAUCAUAGCUGUGAUUAUGCCAACUGGGAAACUGGACCCAUAGAUCUUGAGGAGACUCUAAUAUGUUGGGUACUAGAAAAAGAAAACUUUACUACUAAUGUGUGUGCACAGUCAAUUCUGCUCUCAAAGCUUUCCAAUGAUCCAAGGACCUCAUGGGUAACUCAAGUAUGUUCUAUCAACAAUGUAUUGAAUGAGACAGACGUCUGUCUCUCUGAAAAAUAUAAGACACAACUACAGUGGAAUUGUAGUGUUGACCUCAGUAUUGUAUGUUCUGGAAAUGGCCUCACAGCAGCCAGUUUCCUCCCCAUCAGUAUCUGCUACUUACAGAAUGCUGGUCUCAAUCUGUCUACUCCCAAUAUCACCUCGCUGUACUCCCAAGCUGUGGACACCAUUGUAAUCCUUCUUUUUCUUCUAGAGGAUAUGCAAAUCCUUUCUAUAUCAAACACCUCUGGGAUAAAAGUUCAGGUUCUUUAUACUAUACUCCACUUCAUUUCCCAAGAAACACCACCAAACGAAAAGAAGAUAGAACUUCUACAGAAAUUUGGGAAUAUGCUGCUUCUCCUUACAGUAGAAAACUCAAUAUCUUCCUGGAGCAUUAUUGAAACAUUAUUCAACCUUACGUUGUCUGAUCUAAAAGCAUGGAUCUCCUCUCUCCAACCCAAGUCUGCCAAACAAUUCCUCAGCAUCUUGUCACAGAACCAGACUUCCUUACAGGUUUCGGAUGACUACUUUUCUAUGAUUGUAUUCACACUGCUUUCCGUCCAAGUCCCCUCGGAGCCUCUUCUCUUCUGUGACGUUGUCCCCUUUUUACGUUACCUGGAACCUGAUGAGCUUAUAAGGCUUCUCCCCCCACUACAAGACAACAAGGAGGUGCUUGAGAACUUGAGUCUCCAUGUUAGAUCCCUGUCUAAUGAACAACAAUUCGCACUGGGGUUCUGGCUUCGCAGGUCAACUCUGUUUAAAAACGUAACCAAAAUGGAUGACGAUUUAAUGUGGCGAAUAGGAAAUCUUCUUCCUCUUUUCUCAUUGGAUGUGUUUCAGCAGCUCAGUGCACAGCAGGUCGUGAACAUUCUCCCUUCGCUCCCAGAUAAUUUAACGCCCCCAUACCAGAGGGUUGUUGCAUCCAAAGUCUUACAGGCACCAAAUAUAACAGUACAAGAUGUGGAGUUAAUGGGAAGAAUUGUGUGCCAGGCUAAUGUUCAGGAUCUGACACCAUAUGGGCAGAAUACAAAUAUUUCGGUAGUUCUGCGAAAAAACCUACUUCAGUGUGUGAGAAGAGGAGACCUCUUUCCUGACUCCAUGAUGUUGGACUACCUGUUUGGUGAUAUGCAGUCUCAGGAACUUGGAGAACUAAGCUUGGUGUCAGUCCCCAAUCUUUAUUUAGCAAUAUGCUCUCUGGAUUACAAUUUGCUCCAGAGCCUGCGCCCAGUGCAACUUUUUCCUGUCCUGUCUGAUUUGGCCUCGUGGACACUGACGUCAACCCAAGCAUGGAUGCUUGUUCAGAAGGUACUAAGCACAGGAAAUAUGUCAGCUGAAGUGCUAUCACAUAUGGGUUCCUUGGUGUUGGGUGUCAGUCCUACGGUUCUUCAGCAAUUAUCAGACAUCCAGCUUGGCAAGCUGCUGCCAUCUCUGGCCAGUCAUGCACAUUUGCUAAGUUCAGCUCAGACUCUGGCUAUCUUCAAGGCAAUGUGGGCAACAUGGAAUGUUUCACAAAAGCUAAAUGAGCUGGGUCCUCUACUACCAUCUUUACCACUAGUUAUGUUACAGACAAGGAUCAAGGAAGUACUGUCCAACCUGUCUAAUCUGAGCCCAAUGGCGGGCGUGAAAUGGAACCACCAACAGGCACUGCUGCUGAUCCGUAAGGUGACACCGAUGAUUGGCAUAUCGGGAGUCAGAUCCUCAGCAAACUCACUGACUGGAAGUAGCUGUGAUACCCUGAGAAACCUUCUGCAAAAUAACACCAUACAAGCUAUGGAAGAGUUUCACAAUAUCAUCAAUUCAUUGCCGCGGCAUGUGAUUCGCUGUGCACUGGAUAACAUUAUCACCCUUCCUCCAUCUAUAACACUGCUGAAAAGAUUAAGCUCACAAAUGAUUUCAGAAAUUCAGCCCAGUGUUGUAUCUCUUCUUCCAGCCAAGAGCUGUAGAUAUGUAAUACAAAUACUGAAGUCAGAAGCUCAGUCCGUGGCUUCCUUACCUCAACAGCGCCGCUUUGGCUUGCUUGAUGCACUGACAUGUUGUUUGAAUUCAACAGGGACCACUUCUCCGCAGGCACAGUUUAUUGUUUUUGGAGCCUUAACUUCACUUCUCAAAGGCUCAGCUUAUCUUACAUUAUCCCAAGGAAUGAUGCUGCAGAAUGUUGAACAUGUGACAACUUACUGCUAUCCUCAAGAAACACAGCUGCCAUUGUCACAACUGCUGCAAGCACCACAGGGCUUUGGACCUCCGACUCGUUGGACAUCUCAGAUACUGAAACGUUUGGACAGGCUGGUUCCUUUGCUGCCUCUAGCCUCUCUACAGUCUCUCAACUCAACUGCACUUUCUAGCUUGUGGUUAUACCAGAUGCUGUCUGGUGAACGACAAUGGAGAAGAUCAGCAUUCGGCACUACCUGCAGAAAGAGUAUGACGGUUGAUCAACAAGCAGAAGAUCUAAAGAAACAACGUACAUUGUCUCAACGCUUGUCUUUUUCUCGAUAUAUGUUGAGAAGCUCAGUGCCUGCACCUGAUUGUGGCAUUCUUCGUGGUAGUAUUGUCUCAGCUUGGGGUGUACAAGUCCUACUAAAAAUGACUCCUGACAAUUUCACGGACUGUCUGGAUGAAAUAGGUCAGGAUCCUGAUAUUCCUAACAGUGAGUUGGCUAUCUUGUUGGCCAGAGUACUAAAGAUAGCUGGACCUUUGUCUGUUCUUCCUAACAAUGUCCUUAUGCGUCUUGGACGUUUGGCCACUAAGCUUAAUGUACAGCAACUCCAGGUGGUUUCUUUGAAAGACUUACAAGUUAUGGAGGCUUUUGGUAAACAGCAAGAAUGGACCACAAGUCAGUUAAAUACAAUAGUCAAUGGAUUUAUGCAGACUCACAAUGUCACAGCCAAGGAUCUUGAUGCAUUGUUCUUGGUGACUCUUGGAUAUGCAAUAUGUGGUCUGCCUGAGAAAGACAUUCAACAGAUCAAGCCAUUGGAAUUUUGCUCGGCAGUGUUGUAUCUAGGCCACCUUGCUCUAAGAUGCACUGAACAACAGUUUGAGGCCCUCGCACGGCUCUGCACUGGUAAUGACAUGUUUGGACCAGUCAGUGGAUGGACCGAAGAGGUUUUUCUUGAGAUUGGAUCUGUAGCUGCUGGCCUGCAAGAUAUAGAGUUUUCUGCACUUGUCCAAGAGCAGAUUCAAGGCCUGACACCUCUUGCAAUAUCUCUCAUUAGUCCUGAGAAGUUUUCAGUAUCAUUUUCUUCACAGCAGUUGCAGCUGUUCUCUUGGUCUCAGGCCAAAGCGGUUACAAGCCAGCAAAUGAAACUGCUGGAUAAUGAACAGAUGAAAGCUCUUACAUCGGCACUUGCUGAAGAUAGUGGAAACCAAAUAUACAGAGGGAAGUCAAGUGCCGGUCACUGCCAAUACUGCACUCUACUUCAUCUCACGUCUCUGCUUCCAGUUCUACAGUACAUGUGUUGUACAAUGUGAAACUUACUGUCGUCCUUACUGAUGUUACCCUAGAACAAUAACAUGCACUGUGUGCUCCUAUUAUAUGUGACAUGAGGAAUCUACAUUUGACCCCACAUCAUAUCAUAAGAAGGCUUCAUAAAGGGACAAGCCUACUACAUAAUUAUUGCUGGGGUUGACCUGUCCUACCAGGAUUUUUUUUUUUUUUUUUUUACAUAUAGUGAAACCUUUUUGAGAAAACCACCCAAAAAUGGCUCAGAAAGUGGUUUUCCAGGGUGAGUAAUCUCCUCAAAAAGUGCAUAAUAAAUAAGGAAAUGUGACAGAAAAUCCAGUUUGGGCAAGUGGGCGGUCUUUUCAAAGAGGUGGUCCUUUGGAGGUUUC